AUGUCUUUACUGUCCAACGGCGUGCACAGCGACACCCCGUCGACCCCGGAGGAAGCCUGCACCCCAGAGCAUUGUUUCUACGCAUUUGAUACCCUUUAUUGCGAGCUGACGGGCUCAGAACCUAUCCCGCCCACCUUUCCUGACGAGAAAUAUCCGCUUUUCGUGACAUGGAACAUACGUUCCUCCCGCCCGGGUAGGCCCCCUCAUUUGCGAGGAUGCAUUGGCAACUUUGAACCCCUGGCACUGCACGAGGGUCUCGCCGAAUAUGCCCUGAUCAGCGCAUUCAAAGACUCUAGAUUUAGAAAGAUUGAGAAAUACGAGCUAGAAUCACUCGAAUGCAGUGUUUCGUUGUUGACCAACUUCGAGUCCGCAAACUCCUAUCUCGACUGGACUAUUGGCGUCCAUGGCAUCUACAUUACAUUCCCCCACCCAUCGCUCCUUAACAACCCAUCUUCAGAGGCGCCGUCACCCUUGUCUUCCGGUGGCGGCAGCGUUCCCCGUAUCACGUCUAAACAAUCUUUCUCUGCGACCUAUCUUCCCGAGGUGAUUCCGGACCAGGGAUGGAGCAAGAUCGAAGCCAUCGACAGCGCGAUCCACAAGGCAGGGUGGAGGGGACCCAUCUCUGAGGAUCUCCGCAGGAGCAUCAAGCUUCGGCGAUACCAAUCACAGAAAUGCACCGUCACCUACGACGAGUAUCUCGACUGGAGGGCAAACCACGAGGCUUGA